UUUGAUAUUGCAGUUUAUAAGUUGAGUAUUAAAAAUAUCCAUCCAUAGUUAAAAUUCAAAAUGAUUCAUUCUUUAUCCUUAAGGUUGAUAGGGGACGUACUGAAUAUUCAUGACUACAAGGUUAAUUUAUUUUCAAAGUGGAUGCUUAAAACCAUAAUUCAAAAAAGCAUCCAAUUCUCAAAUGACUUAAUAGAAGAAGGUUAUUUAAUUUUCAUAUUUUGGAUCUACGAAGAAUUUUCAUAUCUACAAAAUAAUCUUGAUGUGACUAGAAGACAAUUUUUUGAAUUGAUGAACAAAAUUUUUAUGCAAGCCGCAAUUGACAUCAGUAAUGGAAAGCUUUUAAACAAGAAUUUACAGUUGGAAGAAUUUUUCGAAAAUGGGGAAACAGAAAAAUUUGUAGAAGAAUCGACGGACAUAAAAUUUCAAGACGUUUCGCACGAAAUUGUUUUGCAUGCAAUAGUCGAUGCAACUUAUGAGAUAUUCGGAAAUGACACUGAUUAUUCUUUGAUUCAAAUGGCGUUAUUGAAACAACACCAAAGCUAUAAUUACAUAAUACCAUAUUACAGUUUCCGAAAGCCUAAAAGAUUAGGAUCGCAGAAAAAAACUGAUAAUAAGCUUAAAAACACAGAAAAAAGGAUCAGUUCGAUGAAUAAGGGAAAUAGUUUUAUGGAACAAGAAGAGUUUAUUCAACCACUAUCAAAAGCUAUGGACGGUUCACAAGAAAUAUAAAUGCAAUUUUUAUUUUUAUUAACAAAUUCUAAAAUUAUUCCAUGCGGUA